AUGGUUGAACCAUUGAUUCCAUAUUCAGACGAAAACAAUUUCAAUGAUAAUAAUAAGAAUGAAUUUUCUUUCGAUAAAGAAAUACCUCAAUUACUUCAAUAUGUUGAUUGGAAGGAUUUUUCACAAUUGAUAGACAAUAUCGAUUCAAUCGAUUUAAAUAGUGAACAAUUCAAACAAAAAAUUUUAUCCAUGCAACAUCAAUGGAUGAAUGAAACUUAUGUUUUACGAACAUUCUACAAAGGUUAUUCAUUGCAUCUAUUCCAAACAAGUGAUUUUGAACGUCAAUCAUCGGAGAAUAUUAAACAAAGUGGUGUCUAUACAUACAUUCAAAAAUUGAAUCCAACUAAACCAACGACAACGACGACUCUACGAUAUUUGAUGAAGAGUGUCGAACAAGUACAGACCACAUUGGAUGAUUUAUUUUGUUCUGAUAGUAGUACUCAACGACAAUAUGAACAGAUGCGAAUUCAUCGUUCCGAAGUCACACUAAAUUAUUUAUUAUUUGCUUUAGAUACAAAACAAAAACAAAAACAAAAGGAUGAUAUCGACAUCAUUCGACCGAUAAUGAUUUGCAAUAAGGCACCCACGAUGGGUAUUUGA